CUAUCGAUCGCACUCUUUUGCGGUCGUUCCCCGAGAUUUCCUCCGUCGCGAUAAACGCGCCGCCGGAAUAUUCGGCCUCCGUUGGCCGUCUCCGGCGGCGUUAGACUCUACGUCCUUUUCUCGCAGCGGCGAGAUUCCUUUAUCGCCGGCAGAGAGAGAGAGAGAGAGAGAGAGAGAGAGAGAGAGAGAGAGAUUAGGGUUUAGCUAUUUCUGGGUUGUCCUUUUUCUCCUUUUAUUUUUCUGUCGAAAUAUUUCGUUUUUUUCGGGGGGAAGGCGAUCGAUGUCUAUGGAGGACGGCGUCCUCGACGAUGUCAUAAAGAGGCUACUGGACGCUAAGAACAGCCGGACGGUGAAGCAGGUGCAGAUUACGGAUUCGGAAAUCCGGCAGCUGUGCCUGACCGCGAAGGAAAUAUUUCUUAACCAGCCUAAUCUGUUGGAGCUCGAGGCUCCCAUAAAGAUUUGCGGAGAUAUUCACGGACAGUAUUCAGACCUUCUUCGGUUAUUUGAGUAUGGUGGGUUCCCCCCUGAAGCAAAUUAUUUAUUUCUGGGUGACUAUGUUGACCGUGGUAAGCAGAGCAUAGAAACUAUAUGCCUUCUUCUUGCUUACAAAAUCAAAUACCCAGAAAAUUUCUUCCUUCUCAGAGGUAAUCAUGAAUGUGCUUCAAUCAACCGGAUCUAUGGAUUCUAUGAUGAGUGCAAGAGAAGGUUCAAUGUUCGCCUUUGGAAGACGUUUACAGAUUGUUUCAAUUGCUUGCCUGUGGCUGCACUUAUUGAUGAGAAAAUACUAUGUAUGCAUGGGGGUCUAUCCCCCGAUUUGAAGAGCUUAGAUCAGAUCAGAAAUAUUGCUCGCCCUGUGGAUGUUCCAGAUCAAGGCUUGCUUUGUGACCUUUUAUGGGCCGAUCCCGACAAAGAGAUUGAAGGCUGGGGUGAAAAUGACAGAGGUGUAUCCUACACCUUUGGUGCUGAUAAAGUUGCAGAGUUCCUGGAGAAACAUGACCUCGAUCUCAUUUGCCGAGCUCACCAGGUUGUGGAGGAUGGAUAUGAAUUCUUUGCAAAAAGGCAACUGGUAACAAUAUUUUCUGCACCCAAUUAUUGCGGUGAGUUUGACAAUGCUGGUGCUAUGAUGAGUGUGGACGAAAGUCUGUUGUGCUCGUUUCAAAUCCUUAAACCAUCAGACAAGAAAACAAAGGUUGGACUUGGUAACAUGUCAGGAUCUGCUACACCGCCCCGAAAGGGUGCAAAGGGAUAGUGGCCAAAUGAACGACAAUGCCUGGUGAGGUUGCUCCAUUCAGUUGGAACGUUUGAAGGCAGUGGGCUGGAUUGGCUUAUAUGCAGAAUCUUUAGCUGGCCUUAGUACCUGAAACAGGUACCUGCCACUAGCUUCUAGUGGCUUCACAUGCUGGCACGGAGGUUGUAGGAAGUGGUUCCUAUUUUCACUGUGCUCCUUUAAUUUGUGUCCUAACCUAAAUUGUGGCACGGGAGAGACCUGAUUCUAAUGUCGCAAGAUGAUAACGCACAUCUGGACAUAUUUGAGGUCGUUGUAGUUUUAUGAUAUCCUUAUGGGUUUGAGUCAUUCUUCGUAUUGAUGCUGCGGCAUCACCAAAUCAACUUUUAGCUGCUUUGGCGGUAUCAAUUUAAUUAAAAGAAUUGAAGAAGCAUUCAUCUCCACAA